AAUACAUUGAUGCUGGAGCUGAUACUUUGUACCCUCAUCACCUGUUCCAAUUGCUGGGUGUGAUGGCACCAUGAACAACCACCUUGUUUGUCGACCAAGUUAAGCAACCCAUACUAAUCAAAAAUAAUGGAACAUCUAACUGGUGCGCAACUAAUUGCUCGCUCCCUCCAUGACAUUGGGGUGACUGUCAUCUUUGGGAUUGUUGGUAUCCCUGUCGUUGAGAUUGCAGAGGAAGCCAUCAACCUUGGCAUACGUUUUAUUGCAUUUCGAAAUGAGCAGGCAUGUAGCUAUGCCGCCAGUGCGUAUGGUUAUAUAACCGGCCGCCCAGGCAUUUGUCUUGUUGUGGGUGGGCCUGGGGUGUUGCAUGCAAUGGCUGGGAUCGGAAAUGCAUCCGCAAAUGCCUUCCCCCUAGUUGUCCUUGCAGGUUCUGCAGAAACCACCAGUGUUACGAAGGGAGGAUUUCAAGAAAUGGAUGCAAUCUCUCUUCUCACUCCGCACACAAAGUUCGCAGUCCGACCACCUUCGCUUGGUGCCGUCGGCGGCGCGGUUCGAGACGCGUAUCGGAUGUGUUGGUACGGACGUCCGGGCCCGGCCUUCGUUGACCUUCCUGCAGAUCUAAUCCAGGCGAAAUCGACUCGACCCCCUUUUUCUGUGUCUACAGUUCAAAGAUUACCACCUCCGCCUAAAUCAAGCGCUAAUCCUGAGAUGGUUCUUAAAGUGGCAGAAAUUCUCAAACUGGCACGGGCGCCAUUGGUGGUAAUUGGGAAAGGUUCUGCGUAUGCUCGUGCAGAGGUGUCCAUCUGCAAGUUCAUUGAACAGACCCAAAUACCUUUCUUACCCACCCCAAUGGGCAAGGGGGUGGUGCCCGAUACCCACCGUUUAAAUACGUCUAGUGCAAGAAGUACAGCAUUAAAGCACGCAGAUGUUGUCCUCCUCCUCGGAGCUCGUUUGAACUGGAUCCUCCACUUUGGAGAGGAGCCUCGCUGGUCGUCAUCAGCGAGAAUUAUCCAAGUGGAUAUCCACGCCGAAGAGGUUGGUCGCAAUGCCGGGGAUGCAGAAUUAGGGCUAGUGGGUGAUGUCGACCUUGUUGUCGAACAACUUUUGGCAGCUCUCGCGAAUUGGCAGUAUCGGUCGCCAUCCGCUAGCCCCUCCCAAUCAUACAAGUCGCUUCUUAAAGUUUCUUCUAUAAAAAACGAAAAUAAUUCCCGAAGGCAAGCACUCCAACGAACGCCUGCAAAUGGGUUUUUGACGUUUCAGCGUGCGUUCCAUAUCAUUAGAACAGUAUUCAAUUCGCUAUCCUCAGCUGAGGAAGGAGAUAUUGUAUACGUUUCCGAAGGCGCAAACACUAUGGAUAUUUCUCGCUCUCUCUUUCAACUGGAGCAUCCACGACAGAGACUUGAUGCAGGAACAUAUGCAACCAUGGGGGUUGGCCUAGGGUACAUUGUCGCAGCUCACGCUGCGUAUAACCUAUCUUCGACUGGUGAAAAUCUCCAAAAGCAGAAAAAAAUUGUAGCAUUUGAAGGCGACAGUGCCUUUGGGUUUAGCGCCAUGGAAAUUGAAACACUUGCUCGGCAACAGAUUCCUGCAUUGAUCUUUGUUAUGAACAAUUCAGGCAUAUAUCAUGGGGAUACCAAGACAGAAGAAGAAUGGCGGAAGUUGCAAAAGGAGACUUUCACGAACCAAAUAAGAUGCAGCGGCAUAAGCAAUGGACCUUCCUUUCAAACCAAGAAGGGACUUCGAUCUACAAGCCUCCUUUACAAUACCCGCUAUGAAUACUUAGCUGCUAUGUGUGGGGGGAAGGGAUUUUUUGCCAGGACUGAGGAAGAAUUGGAAAAGGCCACACGGGAAGGUUUCUUGGAGAAUGAGAAAGUUGUCAUUGUAAAUGUUAUUGUGGAUCCUGGAAUUGGCCAGUCCAUUCAAUUUGGUUGGCAGACAUCAAAUGAUAAAGGUAGUCAAGGGAUGAAGUUGUAACAAAUAGUGGACAAGAGUAUAAUUGGAUACCUAAAUGUGAG